ACUUCUGCCGCAUCCUUGGCACCUAACUGGGUCUACGGAACUACAUUGCCAAGCCAGAACUCGCGUGGUUCAACAUCAUCAGUAUCAGGAUUGUGUUUGACAGAAAGAGGACAAAUCACAGUGCCUCAGCCAGAAGUUAUCCAGAACAUGCUCUUCCCAGCUAACGAAGCGUUGAAGGACAAAAUUGUAGAGUAUCGGGAAAAGCUUUCAGCCAUUCUUAGCAAGGAUAUCUCCGAUGUGAAAUCUGAUUUUGUCAAUCCUCUCUUGGUGGUGACAGGUCCUACUCAUAUUAAGGAACCUUUGCAAGCCAAGGCUUGUGCACAAUGGAUCGGAUCAAUAAUUGGUAAAAAGUUCGUAAACCCUCCUUCUCAAGCUGUGCCCGAGUCUAUAAAACACUUGUACCAAAAGAAUGAAAAUCAGGUUCCGCAUAACGUUCUUUUGUCAUUGAGAACUAAUCUCACUAAGUACAAUCACGACUACUCUUCCAUCCAAUCGAAAGAUCCAGUCUCAGUAAUGACUUUUGAAAUAGAGCAGGGUAUACCUGUAUGUCGUGCUUUGCUAUGUGAACUUGCUGAAGUGUGUCCUAUCGUAGGCGAGACCUCCGAUACUAUCACUCCACAGUACUUGUCUGAUCUCUUCUGUCUUGGUAUAGUCGGAUCUACCUUCAUCGAGUCGCAGUUGCAUCGUGAAUUGGCCUCAGGAGUAUCAUAUCCAAUUGGAUUCAACUCCCUGAACUCUGACUUGCCUUUUGACAAGGAGAUGUAUGGCCACAGAAUCGUUUCUGCCUUGGAUUCAAUGUAUGCGACGGGCCAGCCACACCAGUUCUUAUCUGUAACAAAAGUAGGAACUGUUGCAGUAGUUGGUACAACAGGUAACGAAGAUACAUUUGUUAUCUUACAACUUAAUUUGCAACUUGAUUUCGACGAAUUGAAAGCUAUAAUAAAUAAAGUUUACUCUUACUCGAAACUAACUCGUCAGACUCCAAGAGUCAUGUUGGAUUUGGGAAGAGUAUCAACUGAGCAAUACGCUCAGAAAUUGUCACUCUUGCAAACCUUGCUCCAAGAUCCUGAUACCAUGUACAAAGUCGUGGGUGUAAUGAUUGAUAGCGGUGACCACUAUAUCCCAGAAAAAUAUCCCGUCGAUUUAACGGUAGACGUCCAUCUUGAUCAGUCUUCGGAUUACGACGAAGAUGAAGACGACCACAGGAAGAUGAUGGAACUCAACAAGUACUUCGUUCAAAGAAGAAUGCAGAAGACGUACUCAGUCAAGAAAGUACCUGCAACCAGUUCUACUGCUGUAGAAAAAGAUUAUGAGUAUGUCAUUAAUGCUGAUAAGUUGAUCAGCGAAUUGGAAAAAUUAAGCAAAAGAAGAAUUGAAGCUAAAAUAUAA